AUUAUCCUUAAAUUGACAGUCCUUUCCUUCCAUAAUUGUCGGUAUAAUAAUAUAGAUCACCAGCAAUUCAGACAAAAUGAUCCAUAUUACAUUCCUUCUUUUAUUACUGGCAAGUAUUGUUCAUGGAGAUGAAAUUCUUUCCCGCCAAAAGCGGAUCAUAGGAGGCAAAACAAUUACCAGAGGUGAAUGGCCAUGGCUAGUCAGCUUGCGUGGGAAAAUUGUAACCGAAAGAUUAUUCGGAAUAUUUCCUAUAAAGCAUAGACGUGUGUAUUGUGGAGGUUCUCUGAUUAAUGAAAGAUGGAUACUAACUGCAGCACAUUGCUUCGAUGAGGGAUACCAAGGAAGAGAUCCAUCAAACUGGAAAGCACGUUUGUCAACAGUAGAUUUAGGGAUAAAUUUUGUUGAUGGUGUGAAACAUGUGUUUGGUAAGCUCUUUGGCAGAUCGGAUUGGAAACAGUUGAUCAUUGAAGCAGAUAGGAUUAUAAUGCAUCCCGGAUACAAUACAAAUAAUGAUUGGGAAAAUGAUAUAGCAUUAGUCCGGAUAGAACAGUCAGUACCUGUAGGCAGAUACGUAGGUAACAUCAAACUUCCAAGCAGUAGUAGCUCAUUCCCAACAGGUACAAUCUGCGCAAUACAUGGAUGGGGAUGCACCGCCAGUGGACAAUGGUUAUCAAAUACUGCUAUGAGUGUUAAUCUGCCAGUAUUCAGUGCUGAGUAUUGCGGAAGAUUGUUUGGCAUGAAAAGCAUGAAUGGUAGAAUGUGUGCUGGUUAUAUUUACCGCGGCAAAGGAAUAUGUAAAGGUGAUAGUGGAGGUCCCCUGACUUGCAAAAACACUGCUGGUGUCUGGACACAAGCUGGAAUAGCCUCGUUUGCAAGUCAAUCAAGUCCAGGAAAUUAUCCUGGCGUAUUCACACAAGUAUCCUCAUUCAUGCCUUGGAUAAACAACAUUCUUGGACAGUAAACUGUUAAAUGUGAUAGACUAAUUGAUGACUAUAUGAAUGUUUUUCAGUUAAUUAUAUGAAUAUAUUUUUUCAAAAAACCUAACUUUGUAUAAAAGAUUAAAUACACGGAAAACAUUAUGAUACCGAAUUUGAUUUAAAAGACCGUAUGCGCAUUUGGAACAUGUUUGAAAUCAAAUAUAGGAAAUUUAAUAUUUUUUAUUACUUGAUAACAAAAACCCUCAAAUAACAAAAAAAAGUAUACCAAAACUAGCUCAGGUACAAAUGCGCAUGAGGAGAAUAGCCUUAUCGCUAAUCAUAUUUUGUAACCUUUUUGUACAGCAAAAAUGAUAAAUAUUAUCAUUCUAAAAUACAGAAUUCCUCUACCAGACUGUAUUCCGUCAGCUGGAAUGUCAAUGUACAAAAUUUACAUGUAUCAAUAUAAAUAGAAUAAUAAGAAUUUGCGAUUGAUUGCAAAUGAGAAAACUAUCCUCUUGAUGAAGUAGGUAGAUUUAAGCAACUAUAGAUCAACGUACGGAUUUCAACAAUGAUCAAAACCCAUGGCUUAAAGUGUUUAUAAAAGACACCGACAUGACAUAAUGUAAAACAAUUCAAACAAGAAAAAUCAACGGCCUGAAUUAUUUUCAAAGCAAGAAACGAAAAAAAACAUAACAGAGAGUAACGAAGUACAACUAAUGGAAUAUAGGCUCCUGACUAGGAACAUGCAUUAUAAUGCGGCGGGGUUGGACAUGUUUGCGAGUGCUCAGCUCCCAUUCUAACCUUGAACAGUGGUGUAACAUCACAACAUAAGAAAAAACUGUAAAACUUAGUUGAAAAAGGCUUGCUUUUUAAUAUCGACACAAAGACAAACAAAAAAACAAAAAAACAAAUAACAAAAGGACAACAAACACAAAGUACAGAUCUAAGAGUAUGCGCAGUUACUGUAAGCUAGUUCAAAAUCAAUUACUACUACUAAAUUAAUCGUAUUUCCCAGAUCAAGAUAUCAACCCGUAUAGAUUUAGUAUAAAGACGUUAACAGUCUGUUAAAUCUAUGUAUAUUUCAUAAAAGUCCAAAAAAACUCAUUUUGACACUGGUAUCUCCAUAAGCCCGAACAUCUCAUGGCUGGUCACAUAUUUCAACCAACAAACUCAAUAAAGAUUAGACUGUUAUCAGCCCGUACUAAAUAAUUAUGCAUAUAGUCUUCCAAGUGCUCCACGAAACCUCUUUCUAAAUUAUUAACAUAUAUUUUAUCAUCAAUCAAAGCCGGGCUUUAAAGUUAUUGUGAAACUGCCUAUUCUAGAGGUGGCGUGA